AGCCCUCCUCUUGGCAUUCACUGGGGAGGGGCGGGAGAAGAGGGCCAGGUGGUGACAUCAGAGUUGAAGGGGUUGAAGGGUAUAAAAGCUUUCAGUCAAAGGAGAAUUGAAGAUACAACCUGACAGUGCGGGCAGCGCGGCCUGCUGUUCUCGGGACUCCUCAACCUGAUAGCUGCAGCCGUCUGGUGGCAGAUUCCCACUCCCUCAAGGCCUACCCGCUGGUGAGGGACUGCUAAGGGCCAGAGGGUGAUCAGUUGGGGUCCUGGACUCCUCGGACAGGAUUUACACAGAUGACAGACUCCAUGCUGGUCUCUCACUGCCUUCUGGGGCUCCUGGCCUUGACCUUCUUGGUUCCCAGAGCUCAGCCCUUGGCCCCUCAAGACUUUGAGGAAGAAGAGGAAGAUGAGACAGUGGGCACAUCUUUGCUGGCUGUCCCCUGCGACUACGACCGUUGCCGCCACCUGCAGGUGCCCUGCAACGAGCUGCAGAAGGCCAGGCCGGUGGCCUGCUUGUGCCCGGGGCUUUCCAGCCCAGCCCAGCCUCCGGACCCGCCACGCCUAGGAGAAGUGCGCAUUGUGGCCGAGGAGGGCCGCGCCGUGAUCCACUGGUGUGCCCCCUCCUCCCCGGUCCACUACUACUGGCUGCUGCUUUGGGAAGGCAGCGGGGCUCCGCAGAAGGGCCCUCCACUCAACACUACGGUCCGCAGAGCAGAACUGAGGGGACUUAAGCCUGGGGGUGCUUAUGUGGUUUGCGUGGUGGCUGGUAACGAGGCCGGGGAGAGCCGUGUGUCCCAGGCAGGUGGGGAGGACCUCGAGGGGGUAUCCUUCCCGGCCUUCGGGCCCUGCGGCCGGCUCACGGUGCCACCCAGACCCGUCACCCUAAUCCACGCGGCCGUGGGGGUGGGCACAGCCCUGGCCCUGCUAAGCUGCGUCGCCCUGAUCUGGCACUUCUGCCUCCGCGACCGCUGGGGCUGUCCGCGCCGCCCAGUCGCCGCCCGAGCCGCAGGGGCGCUCUGAUGAGGGUGUGGGGCACUUCCCCGCACCCCAGCCCCACCUGGGGCUCCCAGCCCGCUCCCAGAAGAGCCAGCCCGCCGCCGCCUGGCGUCAGCUGUCCCGGGAGCAGGGCCCAGACACCUGGGCCGCAGCUGGGAUCUCUGAGCUGAGAGUUUGUUUAGGUCGGGGUUUGUCACUUUGUUGCUGCCUGAGAGCUAGAAAGGAGCAGAAAGGGUCAGAGAGUAAGUAAUUUAGGUUUUUUAUGUUUAAGAGGAUAACGUUGAGGGUAUUAUGUAGGUACUUAUCUAGUCAUUUAAAAUGUGACCAUUAAAAUGUAAAACCCAUUCGUAGCCUAUGGGUCUUACAUGCUAAACCCGUAGGCAGUUAGUUGGCCCGUCAUACACCCUCAAAAGGACUCUGCUGCUGGGCUUGGUGGCAUACGCCUUGUAACCCCAACUACUCAGGAGGCUGAGGCAAGAAGAUCCCAGGCUUGAGACCAGCCUGGGCAAUUUUAAAAAACCCUGUUUAAACUACAAAAUAAAAAAAGGACUGGGGGUGUAGCUCAGUGCCCCUGGGUUCAAUCCUUAGAACAGGGGAAGAAAGGAUCUGCCACUGUGGGUAGCUAAGUGGGGUUUGAGAAUAAACUUCUGCAGGAUAAGAGUUUCCAAUUGGAGCCACCUUCUCUUUCCACCUUCUCUAAAGUUAUUCAGGAUGAGCACACCUGGGUCAAAGUCAGUCUGUGUCUGAGGAGGUGGAGAUUAAGGACUGGCAUGGGAUACAGAAGAGAAGGAAGCCCCAAGCCUUUGUCCUGCACAAGUCUGUGCUUUUACUAAUAAAAUCAGACAAAGCAACAGUAAUACCAAGGAAUCCCUGCCAUUUUUGUUUAUUGUAUAUCUACUGUGAUAACAUUAAAGUAAAUUUAAGAGACA